UUUUUAGCCUCUGUCGAAUGCAGCUUCAGAAGGCGUCGGACGCGGAUCGCGAAUCGGGGCUCCAUCCGAAUUCGAAUCCUACCUCAUCACCGCCGUCGGAGUGGCCAGUGGCUAGUGCGCGCGUUGCCGUGUCAGUGUGAGUGCGUGUGGGUUUUGUCCAAACGAGGCCAGUUGUAAUGGUGCGCCAUGGAACGCGAUUCUGGUGGCUGGCGUUCUCGGCUCUCCUACUAGUGGUAGCUAGCAGCGUAGACGCUAAGAAGGCGGCGACCCCUGCGCCCGCACCCUCGCCCCCGCCCAAAGCUGGCCACAGCCACGGGGCCGGGGCUCCCCAGGGCGAAGCCAAGGCCUCGCCCGGCAAGGAAGCCGAACCCGUCAUCGAGGAGGUCACCGCCAAACAGCUCGAAAGGGUCCUCAACGAGAAGGACUUUGUCGCCGUCUUCUGGUAUGCGAGAAGUUGCCUGACGUGCGACAAAGUGCUAGCAGAAUUGGAACAGAUUGAUGAUGACACGGACACAUUCGGCGUGGAUUUCGUCAAAAUCAACGAUAAGCGGCUGGCCAAACACUAUGGAAUCAAAAACUUCCCUGCUCUCACCUAUUUCAGGGAUAAAAAACCCAUCAUCUACGAAGGAGAUCUUAUGGAUGAGGAAAAUGUCCUCGACUUCCUCACAAGUCUUGAAGCAAUGGAUUUGCCCGACAGGAUAGAAGAAGUCAACGCAAGAAUUUUAGGAAAAAUUAUCGAAGAUACCGAAUUUGUAGCAGUUCUUUUCUGUCCGAACCAGGAAACAUGCUCUCCAAGCAACUCCAACAAACCAAACUGCAAGAAAUGUGCAAAGGCAUUACAAGAACUGGAAAAUAUUGAUGAUGAAGCUGAUCAACUAGGAAUUGGAUUUGUUAAAAUAGCCGAUGAAGCUCUUGCAGAAGAAUACAACUUAGGAGAACUACCAAAACUUGUGUACUACAGGCAUCAAAUUCCCAUCAUUUAUGACCAUGAAUUAACUCGAGAAGAAGAUGUGCUUGAGUGGUUAGUUCAAAAUAAAUCCACAGGAGAUGAAGACGAUGUCAUUGAAGAUGUAACAGCAAAAACUUUGAACACACUCAUCGGCUCAAUUGAUAAUCUAGUCGUGUUUUUCUAUGACAACGAUGAUGAAGAUUCAAUGCAGGUCUUGGCAGAGCUGGAAAAUAUUGAUGAUGAUUGUGACAAACAUGGGAUUCAGUUCGUCAAAAUUGAUGAUGAUAAAGUUGCCAGUGAAUAUGGUAUUGACUCAUUACCUGCGAUAGUCUAUUUUGAAAAGCAGAUUCCAAAUGUAUUUGAUGGGGACAUUGAUAAUGAGAACGAAAUCUUGGAAUGGUUGGUCAGCCAGCUGGAAAAGGAUGAAAUCGAGGAUGUUACAGAUGAAAUGCUGGAUAAACUCAUCAAAGAAGGGAAAACAUUGGCUGUUUUAUUCUAUGAUAAUAACGACCGCAAAUCUCAGCGAGUAUUGAACGAACUCGAAAAUAUUGAUGAUGAAUGUGAUGCAAUUGGUGUGGUCUUUGUGAAAAUGGACAACCCAGAUGAAGCCAAAGAGUAUGGAAUUGAGAAAAUUCCAGCUCUCAUGUACUUUGAAAAAGGCAUUCCAACUACCUAUGAUGGAAAUUUGGAGGAUGAACAAAAGGUGUUGGAAUGGCUCGAUCAUCAACAGAACGAUGAUCAUAUCGAAGAUGUCACGGAUGAAAUGCUUGAUAUGUUGAUCUCAAAAAUGCCGCAUGUGGCAGUUUUGUUUUAUGACAAAGACCAGAAGAAAAGUCAAAAAGUUUUGACUGAACUCGAAAAUAUCGAUGAUGAGUGUGAUAAUAAUAAUAUUGCAUUCGUCAAAAUCGACAACAAGAAAGAGGCAUUGGAGUAUGGUAUUGAAACAAUGCCUUGUCUAGUAUACUUCGAAAGGAGGAUUCCUCAUAUAUAUGAAGGUGACCUUCUGCGAGAGGAUGAGCUGCUCAGUUGGUUGAUUCAUCAGAAGAGGCAUAGUGAAAUCCCAGAAGUAACAGAUGAAAUCAUGGAGAAGCUGAUUGAAACAGUUCCCUAUCUUGCUGUCUUAUUCUAUGAUAAAGACGACAAACAAGAUAUUCGGGUUUUGAAUGAGCUAGAAAACAUUGACGAUGACCUUGAUAAAGAGGAUAUUGUAAUUGUGCGACUUGACAAUCAAGCAGAAGCAAAGGAAUUGGGAAUUGAUCAUCUACCCGCUCUUGUCUACUUUGAGGACAAAAUCCCUUGCAUUUAUGAAGGUGAACUGUUGAAUGAAGAUGAAGUUCUUCAGUGGCUCAUUGAGCAAAAAAAAUCUGCAACUAUUGAGGAAGUUACGGAUGAAAUUCUGCAAGACUUGAUCGAUGAACAUGAGUAUGUUGUUGUGUACUUCAGUGGACGAUGUGAGAAAGGUGAAGAGUGCAACAAUGUUCUUGAAGAACUAGAAAAUAUUGAUGAUGAAUUAGAUGAAAGUGGAAUAAUUUUUGUUUCCACAGAAGAUGUUAUCAUUGCUAAGAAACAUGGAAUAAGAAAUUACCCAGCCUUAGCAUUCUUUAGAAAUAAAGAGCCACUUAUCUACAGAGGAGACUUAGAAGAUGAAGAUGAGGUUUUAGCCUGGCUGAAUGAUGAUGAUACUCUUCAAAUUCCUGGGAGAAUUGAAGAAGUCAAUGUAAAAAUGCUAGAGAAGCUUUUAGACGAGAAUGAGAAUGUUGUUGUAUUCUUCUACAAAGAAGGAGAUAAGAAGAGCGCAAAAAUAUUGAGCGAACUUGAGAAUAUUGAUGAUGAAUGUGAGGAGAAGGACAUCAGCUUUUUGAAAGUGUCGGAUGAAGGAAUUGAGCAGGAAUAUGAUCUCCCAGCAUUACCGGCCCUUGUAUUCUACAAAAACAGGUUCCGGAAAAUAUAUACCGGUGAUCUAAUGCACGAAGAGGAAAUAUUAAAAUGGGUUCUAGAUUUGCAUGAAUCUACUCCUGACGUAAUUGAAAGUGUAGACCGAAAAACUCUUCAAGUUCUUAUCAAUGGUGUUGAACAUCUGGCCGUUUAUUUCUAUCAAGAUGAAGACAAGUGUCCCACGUGUGCAAAAGUAUUGGAAGAACUAGAAACCAUUGAUGACGACACAGAUGAACAUGGCAUCCAGUUCGUCAAAUCAAAAGACUCGAAACUUGCUCAAGAGCUGGGAAUCUUCAGUUUUCCAGCCCUAGUCUACUAUGAAACCGGUGUUCCGAUUAUGUUUGACGGUAAUCUAAAGAAUGAGAAGAAAGUCCUGGAAUGGCUAAUUGAACAAAAAAGUGAUAACCCCAGUGGAAGUAAGCCCAGCAAAAGUAAACGAGGUAUCAGCUCCAAAUCAUCUGGACGUGAUGAUGAUAGCACAGAAGAUAAUGAUGAUGAUAAUGAUGAUGAUGAUGAUAAUGAUGAUGAUAAUGAUGAUGAUGAUGAUGAUGAUGAUGAUGAUAAUGAUGAUGAUAAUAAUGAUGAUGAUGAUGAUAAUGAUGAAAACGACAACGAUAGUGACACUGAGGAUGGAGAUGAUGAUGCUGAUGAUGAUGAUGAUGAUGAUGAUGAUGAUGAUGAUGAUGAUGAUGAUAAAGAUGAUGAUAGUUUAGGCGAUGGCUGUUUCUUCAUUGGACUAGGCGGGAAACACGAGGUUCCUAAAUCCUCAUACGAGCCGUACCAGUGCUGCCCCACAAAGAUCAAGAAGGGUUCUAAAGUGGCAAAAGUAACACCAACAUCUGAUAACAAAAACACACAAAAAGAAAAAGGAUCAUCGAAAAGAGACAGAGACACUACCAAGAGCACCGGUAAAAAGGACACAAGUGACUCUGCAGCCAACGGUAAAAGCAGAGCAGCUUUAUCCAUCCAAGAGAAACCAACCAAAGGGAAAAAAAGUUUGUUUGGUUCAGGGAGUCUUACAGACGAAUCUAGCGUUCUAGAUUGGAUGAUCAAUCAGAAAACAGAUGAAAGUAUCGAUGAAAUUGAUCGCGAGACAUUGUUCGAGUACAUUGAAACGAAAGAAUUUCUUGCUGUUGUUUGGUAUGUAGAUAAUGAGCCGAAAGUUCCUCGUGUUUUAAGGCACAUUGAGCUGAUUGAUGAUGAAGCAGCAGAAUAUGGGAUAAAAGUUGUCAAGUGCAAAGAUAGACUCAUGGCCAAGAAGUACGGCUACCGCAAUCCUCCAGGCAUCACAUAUUUCCGGAAAGGAAAAUAUAUAAAUUAUGACGGAGAUAUUGAAGAUGAUGAGGAGCUUCUUGAUUGGCUCACAAACCCAGACAACAUGGAAAUGACAGAUCAUAUUGAAAGAGUUAAUCGGAAGAUGUUUCAAAAGAUCCGGCAGAACACUGAUUAUGUUGCUGUCUUCUUUUACAGUGAUGACUGUAAGCAGUGUGACCGAGUCCUUGAAGAAAUUGAACAUAUUGAUGAUGAAGCCGACUCAGCUGGGAUAGAUUUUGUGAAAAUUGAUGAUAAACAGCUAGCCAAAGAGCUGGGCGUUUUUGCUCUUCCGGCUAUUCUCUUCUUCAAAAUGGGCUCCAAAGAACCGGUUAUCUUUGCAGGAGAUUUGUAUGAUGAGUCAGAGCUUCUUGCUUGGCUUAUGACUCAGAAAGAUCCAUCAGGCGAUUUAAUAGAGGAAUUAGAAGGAGAAGAUCUACUAAAAACAAUACAGGAUUCUGAGUCAUUGGCGGUGUACUUCUGGAAUAAGACGUUGUGCGACUUUUGCAAUUCGAAGGUGUAUCGCAAACAAAAAGCUAAAAAGGAAGAUAAAGAAUCAGGACCUCUACCCAGUUCAGCUGAAGGGGCGAAAGAGGAUAAGCAAGACGACUGCAAUCAGUGUACUGUUAUACUUGAGGAAUUAGAAAAUAUUGACGAUGACUGUGACAGGCAUGGAAUCACAUUUGUAAAAACGCAGGAUUUUCCUCUGGCCAACACAUUCGGUGUCUCAUCAUUUCCAUCCCUUGUUUAUUUUGAAAAUCAGAUUCCAAAUGUAUUUGAAGGAGAUCUUGAAGAGGAAGAAGAAGUACUGCAAUGGCUUAUCACUCAGAGGACAGAAGAUAGAAUAGAACUCAUAACGCGUGAGAUGCUUGAAUCAAUGGUUGACGAGACUCAGUACCUGGCGGUUUAUUUUUACAAACUAAACUGUCACAUCUGUGAUGAGAUUCUGGAAGGCCUGGAAAAGAUAGAUGAUGAAUGUGAUGUAUUUGGUAUUCACAUGGUCAAAAUUCAAGAUCCUCAGCUUGCAAAAAGGUACUCCAUCAAGACUUAUCCAGCUCUCGUCUAUUUUCGCAAUGGGAAUCCACUUCUCUAUGAAGGUGAUCUUCAGAAUGAAGAAUCUGUUCUAGAGUGGUUAGUUGACGAUGAUAACAGGGAGCUUGCAGAUGAGAUCGAGGAGGUUAAUUUGCGGAUGUUGGAACGAUUACUAGGAGAGUCUCUUUUCCUUGCGGUUUUCUUCUAUGAUGAAGAUUGCGCAGAAUGUGACGAAAUACUUGAGGAACUGGAAAUGAUCGAUGGAGAGGCAGAUCUGUUCGGUAUCGAUAUGGUGAAAAUAUCCGACCCAGAGGCUGCAGCUAAGUUUAAUAUUAUCAACACACCCUCACUAGUCUACUUCCGCAAGAUGAUACCUCAAAUUUAUGAUGGAGACCUCUUGGACGAGGCAAAAAUAUUUACCUGGCUAACCUCACAAGACAUCUUCGAAAUCAAAAAUGAAAUUGAAGAAGUUAACAGGAAAAUGCUAGAUAAACUCCUGGAUGAAAAUGAAUACCUCGCUGUUUAUUUCUAUGAAAUGGAAUCAGAAGAUGCAGAAAAAGUAUUAGAAAAGCUUGAGAAGAUCGACGGUGAGACCGAUAAUAUGGAUGUAACCUUUGUGAAAAUGGCAGAUCCAAGAUACGCAAGGAAGUGGGGAGUUACGAAAUUGCCUGCAAUAGUCUUUUUCCGAAAUCGAUUCCCUAGCAUUUAUAGAGGUGAGUUUGAGUCUGAAGAAGUCGUUUUAGAAUGGUUACGAAAGAACCGAUUCCGACAGCCAGAACUGAAUCUUUUCAUGUAUGCAUUAAUUGCCAUAACAUUAGCGUUCGUUCUGUACACCGUUUUCCUAAUAUACGGCUUUCAACAGCAGCAACAGGCUCAGCAGCAACAGCAACAACAUCAUCAGAAGCAAGCAUGAUGACGUGGGUUAUCACUCACCCACAUUGAAAGGGGUGGAUUAUUCAAGUCCGCCUCUUCACAUUUAUCUGUGAUUACAGGCUUUCCUAAUUUUUCCAACUAUGCCUGGUUUAAUGUACCUUAGGGAUUGUCGAAAAGUGCCUGGAAAGACAUCGGAACAUUACCAUUAGAUUUCCAUCAUUGGUAGAUGUUUAUGCAGUCUGAGAAGUUGAUUCUCGUUCUCUGGAUUUUAGGGGGAUUUGUAACUUUUUUUUUUUUUUUUUUUUUUAAAUGAACGGUAGUUUUUAUUUCUGUACAACUACUACACACUUGAAAACGUAGUUUGUGUGCAUUCCAAUUUUAUAAAAUUUUUCAUACUUCUUCUGAGAGGAAACAUAGCUCAACCUCUGUACAGAAAUACAGUCUCUCUAGAAUUUUGAAAAAGAUUGAUUGAAAAGAUUUGAGAAGAGAAUCUAUAUCACCCGCACCUACGGCAAUACAAUUCAUUUCAAAAUCUCAUAUUUCACAGUCUUUUUCAUCCAAGCUGGAAGUGUUCAAUGCUUAAAGGAACUAUAAGGAAACGAAUUAAUACAAGAACUAUGAAGCCUGCAAGUCCUGUGUAUAGAUAGUUUCUUUUGACUUAACUCAUUUUUACGUAAAUGUAAGCAUUUUUAAGUAAUUAUAGCACAAAAACUUAUAAACUAGACAUUUGUCAGGACUCUUUAUGAAACCUCGCAAUAUUUUUAGAAGUUAAAAAAUUAUCCUCUAUGGCAUGAAUCAAUUUUGGGUCUCAGAUUUUAGUAGACACAAAUCUAUGCUGUAGCUUUUGUAAAAACAUAAAGUCCCAAUUUUUUUCUAUAAAGAUAAGUAAUACUUAGAAAAAUUUGCAACAUUCUGUCUCAGAGAGCUAGUGCAAUUUUUAAAUACAUGAAAAAUGCUUUGUUACCAAUGAGUAAUACCACGGUCCAAGACGGCUUAAGUGCAAGGAUUUUAUGUUUAAAACUAUAAAACUCAAACGUCAUCCAAAAAAUUACCAAUUCCUCCAAAAUUGAGAGGCAGUAGAUCACUUUUAAUUGUAAAUAUGCCCCUUAUAAUUUCCUCUUUAAACCAAAGUGAAAACUCUAGACUGCAAUUCAAUAAUUAGUUGUUAAGCUGCAAUUUUACAACAAGGCUAUUUUCGAGCACACCAGGUAAUUUUCUAGUUUAGUCCUCUGUGCCUUUCUAAAUGUAGGCCAAAUUGUCUGAUUUUCUCUGUAACCUUCUGAAAAAUUUGCCGAAGGUGAUUUACUCUUUAAAAAUUGUGUUUCAUCUAUAAUUAUAUCUUAUAUCUUGUGUAGACACUCAUGAAGGACCCACGAUUUUUUAGUAAUCUUAUAAAAAGAGACUGUCUCUAAUGAUGUAAAAUCAAUCGUGUAGUUUCAAUGAGUUUCAACAAAAAUAUCCUUAUUCUAAUUAAAGGGAGGAAAAAUUAAGAUAAUUUUCAAGAAGUCUUGAUUAAAAGUUGUGAGUUUUUAAAUUCUAGUUUUACCUUCACAAUAUUUUUACUUUUAAAUAGAUUCCCAUUGUUUGAAUUCCCUCGAAUUUUUUUCUAAAUCUGACUUCUCUGCUGAAGUUUACAGCCUUGAUUAAUUUUGUAUGGGAAACUUUUUAUUCCUAUUUAAGAAUAAUCGUGCCAAAUACAAUGGCUCUCCAAAAAUUACUGAGACUGGUCCUGUAACUUUGGAACUAAAGCAGCUGGAGAGCUGCUCUUGAUUGCAUUUAAAAGAACGACUUAUUUUCUAUUGUUUGACAUUAAGUUUAUUGCAUUUGCUAAAAACUUUGUAAAAAUAUGAAGGUUCGAAAAAAAGGUUUAUCCUUUACUGUUUUUUGUACAAAUUUUUCUUUCUCUUAAAGCUCCUUAAACAGUGCUCUCAGAAACCCGACGGACUGAAUAAACUGUGAAACACAGUAUACAACUUAGCAACACUAUUCAGGCGUUGCUUGAUUGAAGGUGUAACUGUGGCAACUAAGUUUGAAUUGUCACGCGACAUGUCUUAACAUAGCAAUUGCGAACCUGAAGACAACUGAACAAAAGUCUAAACUUACUGGUAGAGUUCUGUUUGUCAGAUCUUAAUGAGUAAGUGCUCGCAGUUUUUAUCUGAUCAGUACUUUUCACUGGAAUUGGAUUCUCUUUUGGGUUAUGUAUCAUGAAACCUUGUUCUUUUUAAUGUAUUUUAUCCUUUUCCAUGCAUCAAGAACUUAGAAUCAAAUUUGCGUGAAAAGCACUGAUGACAUGCUCUGCGCAGCGACUCAAAUCUUGUUGUUCCUGUUUCACCUGUAAUCAAACAGUGUCUAAACAUUGUUGCCAAGUCGUGUUCAAUGUUGUCAAGUUUUUUCAGUGCGCCAAGUGUCAGUAAAAGUGUUUUAAGAGCUUUUCAGGGUAGAAAAAUCCGCAUGAAAGAUGGGCGGGAGUGAACAUUUUUUUUCCAAACCAUCAUAUCAUGCAAAUUGAGAAAAUAAAGUAAACCUUAUGUCAAUCGAUGAAAAAAUGAGUUGUUCUUUCAAACGCAACCAAGAUCAGCUUUCUAUCUGCCUUAGUUCAAAAGUCAUGGUACUAGUCUUAGUUGUAUUGGGACAUCCUUUGUAGCUUUGUACUCUCAAAUGAAAUAAAAACUUUUGCGCAUGGUUUACAUUCAUCACAUGGAGGCAUUUUAUUGUAAUUUAUGAUCAAAUUUACUAAUAUAAGAUGAGUCUGCAUCUUAAAAAUAAUCGUGAAUUUCGGCUUCACGCUAAGUUGGAGUUCCAUGAAGAAUUAGUUAUGGAACCUCUCAUGCACUAGCAGGAAAAAAUUGCAAAAUGAAGCAAUGGAAGAGACAAAAAUUCUGCUUUGUAGGUAUUAAAUGCCUCUCAAAAUCCCAUGCGUUUAUUCAUGUGCCUGUGCUCCAUGCAGGAAUUAUUAAAUUGCGUUUAAUUGAUAUGACUGCUCUCCAUGCAGGUAUUGUUCAUGUUUGUUGUUUUUUUUUUUAAGAUUAAGCUCUCCAAUGCUAGAUUAAUUACAUCAUUCAACCAUUAAUUUUUUUCUUCCUUUUUAAGUUUAAUCUCAAUAAUUGCCCUAGAUCUAUUUCUAUUUAGAUAUUUCUGUUAGUAAUUUUAAACUGUUAAAAAAAUAGAAACUUCUGAAUAUGUGACAAUAGUUAAAAAAUAUCUUUCUAAUGAAAAGAAAGAAAAAUCAUGCAGUAAUGGAGGAAAGAGGGAGGGGGAGAGGGAGAAAAAGAGAGAGACAAGCUGAAUUGUUUCUUAACUUGUUUCUCCCAAAAAUUAAGUAACUUUUUCAUGCAAAUUGGCUAUGUUAGUCUAUAAAUAUUGUAUGAAUUUCAUGCAUCAGAAGAAAGAGGUUCUUCUUUGAAACAGUUUUUAAGAAUACUUGUUCUACAUUUAAAACCCUUCUACUUCAAACAAUUUUUGAAUUUUGUAUGAAGAGAAAAUAACUCUUUUCGAUUCUUGAAUUCAUUUUUCAAUGGUUGUCGCAGCCUGAUUGAGGGUUUUCCUAAAUUAUGAGGGAAAAAAUGUGAGUUUGAAUGUUCGCUGAUGUUACUUUUCGUAGCAAAAAGAAAAGGAAUGAAAUUUGAAAAAUGAUUUUGUGUAAUUCUUGAGUGCCCCCUUCAACAAAAACAUCUUCUAUUCUUUGCAUUCCAAUUUCGUGUUUAUUUUGCAGCGUAAACAUGUAGCAUAAAACUAUUUAGUUUCAACUUGAACAUCAUUAUAACAAUCAGUCAUUCAUCACUCUUAGAUUUCAGAUUUUUCUUAUCAAAGUGACUCAACAGAGGGGUAUUAAGAGGACGAAAUCAAUCGCUGAAGUGUCAGUCAUGUAAUAAAAUUUUGAAGAGUACCUAAGAGUAAUGAAUUUUAGAUAAUUAAUGAAUUUUUCCCACUUUGUGAAUGGGUGUGUGGUCCCAAUGCUUGUGUCCCAAUUUUUCGCAAUGAAUUGUAUCUCCAAAUCAUGGUAGUACCUUCAGCCAUGGGUCCCCCCAAAAAAUGGCGGCUACCUAUUACUUAAGAAUAAUCAGGAAUAAUGGUUGAUCAACUUUUAUCGUUACUAAUGAACCACACUUGUCGAUACGUUUUUUUUCAACAAAGACUAUUUUAAAUUGACAUAUUUGUAUUGACUUACUUUUUUAUUAAUGUACUUACAGUAUCGACAGGUCAUGAAGACCCAUUAAGAAGAGAAUAUUACCCCCCCCAAAAAAAAAACAAAAAAGAAAUGAUACAAUUGAUACGAAAAAAGUAAAUCGAAUUUUAUUGUUACUAAUAAACCACUUGUUGAUAGGUUUUUACUCAUUGAUGAUUAUUUUAUAUUAAUUUACUUGUAUUCGCAUAAAAUUUGGAUGUUUUUCAAAUUUUUCGUAAGUGACGAAUGCAAUUGAACUAAAUGAUUGUUAUUUGGAAAUGCUAAUAACAAAUUUAGAUCAUGGUUUUAUGAAUACUGUAAUUAUUAGUCAGAUUUUAGAGAUGUUCCAAUUUCAUUCUGGAGCUAUCCUGGUUGAUGUGAUUUUUCAGUGUCUAACAAAUUUGCCAUGAUGGGAAAAAGUACAUCUUCGACUUUGGAUCAAGCACGCAUGACGGGAACUUGCGGCUUUCUUACAUUUUGUAACUCUGUUCCGCAGUUUGCAGUUUUUAAUUCAGAGUACCCUAAAGAAGAUGAUGGGACCAUAAUCAUCAAAAUUGUUGCCCUUUUGUGGAUUCUACAAUGGAAGCAAACUUACUAAUUGAACAUCUUUCAUUCUAAAGCACUAUAAUAAAAUGAACUUUGUUCUUUCAAAACUCCGUUUGAAAAUGUACUCCUCUAACUAAAGACCUUCAAGUAUAAAUACUGUUUUAUUUUUUGCUAGUCAAUCUGAUGGUAAAAUUCUGAAUCAAAUCAUUUGUACGCUUAAAAAAUAAUAAGCGUUGUUGGCAUGCUGUUACAUAGCUGUUUUUACAUUUGUUAAUGAUUUUGUUAAUGUUUGUAUUUUUAAUAUGAAACAUGUAAAUACUAAAAUGAGAUUAAUUUACCAGACAGUUAAAAAUAAAGAGCAUCAGGCCGAUCAUUGAAAUUUUGUAUUUGUCAAGUGGACCGCAUAGAUGAGACACGUUGAAUGGCGUAGUGUGAUUGAUCAGCUAUGUUAUAUCGCUGCUUUGUCAUGCAUGUGUAGAAUAGACAAUAUGCUUUCGGAAACUCAAGAGAUGCACACAGCUUGUCGUUAAUUCCACCUCAUAUUGGCACGACGAAGCAGUGAUGAGAUAUACCCACCAGUCACACUACACCAUUUAACGUAUGUCAUUCAAGUCUACCUGACACACACAAAAUUUCAAUAAUCGGCCCAUAGAGAAUAACGAAAUAUUCGACUGAAGUCCUUUAGUUCGCCAGGACAAACCCAUUAAAAUUAGAAAUU